AUGGCUUCCCCACGGACCUUGUUUACCGCCAGCCGGGUGCAAACAUGGACCUACUUGCUUGGUGUCUGCCCUUUCUCCAUCGCCUUCUUGGUGUUCAUCAACUCAUCCAUCUCGUUCGUCGUCACGGAACUCAUUGGACUCCAUGAAGGGGAGGGUGAUGCCGUUGGGACCUUGGGUUUCGCGGAUGAGCUGCUCGCUCUGGUCGCCUGCCCCGUGUGGGGGGUGCUGUCGGAUCGCAUAGGGGUCCGUCAUGUCUGCACCACCGGCUACGCGAUCGUGGCCCUCGCCCUGGUCCUGUUCGUUCAGGCCAAGAAUAUUUACCCCCAGCUGCUGCUGGGAAGGCUGCUCUUUAGUCUGGGGGGCUCCGCCGUCUCAACCAUGGUCACGGCCGUCCUGCCGGCCGUAGCUGGGUCCCACUCAUCACCAAAACACUCAUCCGCGUCGGACUCUAGUAUGAACACAACCUCCUCUCGAUUGGCCGGGUUUGUAGGCAUGUGUGCGGGAUGCGGUGCUCUCGUCGCUCUCGUCGUCUUCCUGCCCCUUCCCGCUCGGUUUGAGCAAUGGGGUCUUUCCCCGGUGGAAGCCAUCCAGCGCAGCUACUAUAUCGUGGCUGUCGUGUCUUUACUCAUCAGUGUCCUCUGCUUCUUUGGGCUGAGAAACCUGCCCGGCGAGGAAGGGAAAUCGUGGAGUUCCCUGUGGUCAGCCCACAAGCACGAGGAGCCAGAUGGCGGUGAGCCGUGCUCCUAUGCUCGCAAAUUCCAGCUUCCCUAUCUCGAACAGCUGGGGGCUGCGUUCCUGCUAGGCUUCCGGAAUUCUCAAAUUUUCAUCGGCUACCUGGGCGGCUUUGUUGCACGCGCAUCGUCGGUGGGCAUUUCGUUGUUCAUCCCGCUCGCCGUGAACCAUUACUACCGCAUGUCGGGGUUGUGCGGGAGCCCCGACGGAGAGGUGGCUAGCCCCGGCGACAUCAAGAAAUCGUGCCACAAAGCCUACGUGCUCGCUUCGAUCCUGACCGGGGUUUCUCAGCUAAUCGCGUUGAUCGCGGCCCCAGCCUUCGGGUAUCUGUCCGAUCGAUCACGACGCCGCCACGUGCCUCUGUUGGGUGCGUGUUUAGCCGGUCUUGUGGGCUACACCGUGUUUGCGCUGUUGCCCAGUCCUGAGAUCAGUGGGGACCACGGCAGCCCCGGCGUAUUCGUAGUGAUGGCUCUGCUCGGAAUCAGUCAGAUCGGAGCCAUUGUGUGCAGCUUGUCCGUGCUGAGCAGCGGCAUCCUCAGCCUGAACGAUUCCGCUAAGGUGGAAGACCAGUGCUGCCCGGUGCACGAUGGUCUCGGGGAGGUCGAGGACGCGGAUUGCCCGGUGGACAACGACGAGGAGGACGAGGAAGAACGGCCUCUCAUGGCCCACCGUGCCGGCCGGCAAGGGCGGCAGCAGUUGUCGCACCUGAAGGGAUCCAUUGCUGGAGUGUAUUCCCUGUACGGUGGAGCGGGCAUCCUGAUGCUGACCAAACUGGGUGGGCUCUUGUUCGAUGAGCUGUCAUCGGGAGCGCCGUUCUACAUCAUGGCGGGCUUCAACGGGGCACUGCUUCUGGCGGGGUUGGCGAGUGGGUUCAUUGGGCACUCAACAAAGGGCGCGGGACGUGCUGUGUAAUCUAUCUAGCGUCGGCGAUUGAGGUUUUUUUUCCUUUUCCCGCUCUUUGUGCUUCUUUGUUGCUGCGAACCAGGGUGUUGUUAGCCUGGAGCUUAGCGUCCCGAAUAAGCAACAGCAGGUUGCACCGUGGCGCGGAUUUAGAUUCCAUCGGGGUCAUACUAUCGCAGCCGUAAGACUCCGUAGCGAGCAAUAGCAUACGAAGUACGGAGUAUUCCGUACGGCGUAGUGAAACGAGGGCAUUCGGCCCCCACGUGUGCGGCCCCGGCGUGGCUUCGCGGGUCGGUGUGUGGUAAGUGGUAAGUAGUGAGUAGUGAGUAGUGAGUAGUGAGUAGUGAGUAGUGAGUGAGUGAGCCAUGUAAAAUCUGGAGGGGGAGGCCUUGGAGGAUUU